UAUUCAUAACCCGAACGUUAAAUUCGCCUCUUCUCUCUCUCUUUCUCCCUCUCUCUCCUUUUGCCGAUAUAUAUACACACUUUACAUUCCCGGCGAUUUCACGUAAACUCAGCUAAACACAACACACAAAGAAGAAAAAAGUUCAAAUCUUGAAAAUAAAUUUCAAGAAUAUGAACCCCAUUUGCUUUGAUAUUGAGCAGAGUACGAAAUUAUAAGGAAAAAGAACAAAGAUUUGAUUUUUGCCUUGUGGGUGUUUCGAUUUUGAUGGUUUUAGACUGAUAUUGAAGAUUUGAAGGUGUUCGUAUGGCGAUGGGACCUGAAAGAUCGAAGCCUUUACAUAAUUUCACCUUACCAUGUGGGUUGAAGUGGGGGAAUCAGAAGUUCUUGAGGUGCGUUAAGGUAGAUUCCGACGAGGAAAUGUCAAGGUCGGAAUUGAUCGGAAGGAGGGGGGAGACAGGGGUGAUGGACCGGCACCGGCCGAAAUUCAGAUCGGUGAACGGAGAUAGUGGUGAAGGAAUCGAAGCUGUGAGAGAGAAGCUGAUGUUUGAUCUUCAAACCGAAGCUGAUAAGAUGAAAGACGCAAUUUUAAGGGAAGGGUUAGAUGCUCCAUCACCGGCGCCGUCACCGGCUCCGCCGACGACGGUUGAUAUAUCUGAUGCAGCCGCCAUCGACUUAGCUAGGCCAUGGAACUUGAGGACUCGUCGUGCGGCUUGUAACGAGCCGAACGGAUUUGUUGCCGGCGCCGGAGCUGGCGGAUCGAACGGUUUGCCGCCAUUACGGACGGAGAACAACAAAUCUUCGAGAUUUCGAAGUGAUUUUUCCGGUGGAGUGACCGCCGGAGCUUCCUGUAGCGGCGAGAAGAGACAGAGGGUGAAAUAUUCCGUUCCCCUUUCACGAAGAGAGAUCGAAGAAGAUUUCAUGGCUAUGAUCGGACAUAGACCCCCUCGUAGACCCAAGAAACGAGCUAAAUUUGUUCAAAAAAAUUUAGACACGCUAUUUCCGGGGUUGUGGUUGAUGGAAAUUACAGCUGACUUAUACAAAGUGCCUGAAGAUCAGUAGAUUGAAGAAAAGAUCAGAUUUUUGUAAUAUCUAUGGUAAUUUUUUAUGAUGGACCUACUACUUUGGAAAUUUGAUGAAAUCAUUGAAUUUCUUCGUGUAACGGAAAAGAUUGUAAAAAAAAAAAUGCAGUUGUGAUAUGCAAUUUUUGUUAUUUGUUCUAA